UUGCAAGUUUCCCGUGCCGGCGAGAUGGCGCCCGGCGAGGUCGCUCGGCCGCCGGCGACCUCCUCCAGCCCCGACGACAAGCAUCCGGUCUCUCCUCCCUCGGAUUCACGGCCCUUCUGCCUAGCGCCCGGGCCGCUCGAGGCCCUAGCUUCUCUGCGGCGGCAGCGCCGGCUGGCUUGAGACGGCGAGGGAGCCCAACGCCUCCGUUCGGUGAGGCGGCGCCACCGUGGGCCGUGGGAGGGCAGCUAUGCUCGCCGUCGCACCGCAACAACAGGCUGCGCCCUGCACAUCUCUGCCUCCAGGUAUUCGUCCAUGCUCCUCUGAACUCUAAACUCCAUUUUGCCCUGUUCUGAACUCCAACCUGAAGCUUGGCUCUGCAUUUUAUUGCCAUUGACUCCAGCAUUGAUUCUUUGUAGUUGAUCCGAUUAAUCUGAUUUGUGAUAUGAUAGCUGAAAAUAACAUAAAUUCGUUUAGGAAUGCACUGAUGACUGCUUCAUUUUUUCGUACCUGUCAAAGAAAUUGUUCCAAUAAAUCCUGUCUGCAAGGCUUGGAGACAGAUACCUUUGGAGAUCUCAAGUACCUCUGUAUUAUAGCAGUGUAGCUACUUGGUUUGCUCUCAGAGUCAAGAGUCAAGAACAAACUGUUGCUUAUAUUCAUGUUCUUUAUGCAGUAAGAAGUUGAUGACAUGUUCUGUUUCCAAAUUGGUGACCAAAUAUGCACUUUUCCAUAAACAUGACUGUAUGGCUACCGAGACAUAUAAGGGUAGUUCUUCAGGAAAAUUAUGAACUCACUCAAACCAGAUCUCUGGGCUUAUUCACUUAUUCUAACUUUUCUGCAUUAUAUUUGCCACCUACCGAGAAACAAACUCGUUUAGCCGGACAGAAUUUAGAGAAGGACUUCAGAGAAGCUGCGGCUCAUGCCUACCAGCUGAGAAAGGCUGGAAGCUAGACUCCACAUGAGUUGGUACUGCAAUGGAGAAGGGAGAAAAUGGGCUUUUCAUCAUGUGAAAACUGAAGUCGUGUUUGAUCAAGUCUCUCCUCAAUUUGAUCAAGAUAGGAAAAAGGGAGGGAACUAAGGAACUAAUGAUGGUGAUGGCUCACUAAGCAUAGGCUCCAGAGUCAAGAGCUGAGGUGGUACUGGCAGUAUUUCAUGACCACGUGGGAGAGGAAAAGCCAAUCAGAACAACCAGGCGAAGACAAAAGAAGUUUGAAAGAGAGUCCCCAAAUGGACAUUCUCCUUUCUGCAGUUCUGGGAGAGCUGACAACUAGAUCAAUAGAUUUCUUCAUCAAAAAAAUCUUCAAGCCGAAGGCACUGGACGUGGAGGAUCGCCUCCAUAUGAUCCUACUCCGGGCACACGUCAUCAUUGAUGAAGCCAUGGGACGCCAGAUCACAAACCAAUCUGUCCUCCAGCAGCUGGAUAUGCUCAGAGACGCCAUGUACCGAGGCUGUUACACCCUCGACACCUUCAGAUACCAAGUUCACAGCGAAGAGGAGGCUAAAGGUCAGGUUUUGAGUCACUCUUUGUCUCUAUCCAAAGUAAAUUCUCCACAAGGUUUGUGUUCGUCCAGUAGAAACCCGCAGAUUUUGAAACAGCUAAACAACUCUCUUGAUGAUUUAAGCUCCAUGAUUCUUGGUGUGGAAGAGCUAGUCGUGUUCUUGGCAAGUUAUCCUCGCCUGUACCGCCAACCUUAUAGCAUGCAUCUCGUGCUGGGCAACUGCAUGUUUGGCCGUCAGAUGGAAACUGAAUUUGUCAUAAACUUCCUCUUGCACGCACGACCUCAUGGUUCUAAAGAACUGGACAUCCUGCCGAUCGUUGGUCCUGGUAGAGUCGGCAAGACCACCCUUGUUGCUCAUGUUUGCGAGGAUGAAAGAAUCCGUGAUCAUUUCUCAGAAAUCUUGUUCUUGCGGGACCAUGAUUUCACAGUUGUUGACCUCGCUACAGUUAGAGAAGGAUAUGCAAUGGAAUAUAAAAAUCGUGUGUCAAACUCAAACAAAGAUGGAAGAUUGCUAGUUGUCGUUGAGUUAGUUGGCAAUCUCAAUGAAGAUGCAUGGAAUAGGUUGUAUUCUGCUUAUACACGGGAUGUGCCAAGCAACACUAAAAUCAUAGUCACAAGCCGGUCUGACAAGAUUAUCAAGUUUGGAACAACACAGGCACUAAGUAUGAAAUAUCUAUCCCAUGAAGCAUACUGGUAUUUCUUUAAGACGCUCAUGUUUGGAAGCACAGAUCCGAAGAUGCACCCGAGGCUUGCAUGCCAGGCCAUGGAGAUGGCCAGGAUGUCAAAAAGAUGCUUCAUUGCUGCGAACAUGUUUGCUUGUUUGUUGAGGGACAACUUUGACAUCGAGAUGUGGUGCAAGGUUCUGGCAUUUACGAGAGGGCAAAACAACAAGAAUAUCUUGAACUUUGGUGGGCAUCCAUUUGAUCUUAUAAACCAGAAAAGGCCUGCAUAUCUUGGGAGAAUGGUUACACCUUUUCAAUAUAUUGUGCUUCAUCGUGGGAAUGAAUGCUCUAAACAAGAGGAGGUACCGAAGAUAAAACUCCAAGAUGUCAUGUAUGGAAGCAUUACGGCUCAUGGGAAAUUCGAGAUCCUAGGAUGGAGGUCUAGGAUACCGCCCUAUCAUAGUUUUGUAGAUAUUUGUGAGAUUCAAGAGGUAAAAACUACCUCAGCCAAGAGGAAGCGUUCUGUAUAAAAGGGUCACAAUUAGCUAAACUCUCUAUUGCUAAGCUUACAUAGAAAGAUAUGUGAAUAUGUUUUGAUAGGGAGUUACAACUUUGUCAAGCUCUAGUACUGCCUUAUCAUGUAUAAAGUUUGUUUACUGUAACAGAAUAUUGCCUUGUGUUGAGGCAUGUAUUUCCAUGGUUUAAUGAGGGCCUAUUUGGGACUGCUCCGCUCCAAAAAAAACA